AUGAACGUGUUCCGGCUAGCUGGAGACAUGACUCACCUCCUCAGCGUCAUUGUUCUCCUCCUCAAGAUACGAACGAUGAAAUCAUGUGCUGGGAUUUCUUUGAAGACCCAGGAGCUGUACACCAUCGUUUUCCUUGCUCGGUACCUCGAUUUGUUCACGAGGUACUACUCCUUUUACAACACGGCGAUGAAGCUGGUUUUCAUUGGGACAUCGGUCUGUAUAGUCUGGUACAUGAGGUCUCACAAAGUUGUUAAGCAAACAUAUAACAAAGAUCAAGAUACCUUCCGGCAUUAUUUCCUGAUCCCUCCUUGCCUUCUGCUAGCCCUUUUAGUCCACCGCUCGUUCACUGUAAUGGAGGUUCUUUGGACAUUCUCUCUUUAUCUAGAAGCAGUGGCGAUUUUGCCGCAAUUGAUACUAUUGCAGCGGACUAAGAAUAUUGACAACUUGACUGGGAAUUACAUAUUUCUUCUUGGUGCAUAUCGGGCUUUCUAUCUUGUUAAUUGGGUAUAUCGAUUCUUCACAGAGCAGCAUAAAGUUCGCUGGAUCCCUUGGUUAUCAGGACUUGUGCAGACUGCACUUUACGCCGACUUCUUCUAUUACUACAUAAAAAGCUGGAAAAACAACGAAAAGCUCAAGCUUCCUGCCUGA